AUGUUUCUGGAGAUUCAUGACAAGAACCCGGUGCUUUUACUGCCGAGAAAUGAUUUUGAUGUGAGAUAUACACAAAACAACGUACUACAAGUACUUGAAACCAAUUACCAGAUGAAAGAACCACCAAUGUAUACGGGCUCCAAGUCUUGGGCUGUUAGUGCCGCUCAUUUAAACACAAGCAAAGGUGAUGAUCAAAUUGUACAGUCAACAACAGGAAAUCACAAGGUGGUGACAGUGACGAAGCAUCGAAGACGAAAACGUGUUCACGUGGUGUUUGGUCGUGUCACGACCGUGAGUCCCAUUUCGCGGCAACACGAUUGCGACAGUAGCCAUUUUUUCGUGGAGAUCGAGGGUCAACGGAGUGGCAUGGAUUCGACGACGCAAAGUGCCGUCAACGUGAUGUUUGUUGGCGUUCAUAACAUGCGCUGGCAUUUAUUUCUUCGCCCGGGUAAAAUGGUGCUUGUGACAGAUCUAGUAAAGGUGUUUUCUCGAGAAUGCGAAAUGUUUUUACUUCAAACAACACACGAAGACACUUGUGGUCCUCGUUUUGAUGCUGACAAGGGACCAAUGAAAACGUUGGUAUUGGUUUGGGAUGAGCCAAAAUCUUUACGAACGAAUAUUUCAGAAUGGAUCAAUGAUUCCUUUGAUAACUUCUCGAAUGAAAAUAUGAACCGAUGCAGUGGGAAGCUCUUGGAUUAUGAAGGCAAAGUGCGUCGGCUUUUGUGGGAUGAGUGCAUCGAACUUCAAGGACAUGAUGAAACACGUGUUAUUGUUUCACUCUUCCGCUUUCCGUACGAACAAGAACUCGUUCGGCUUCGCAAAGGCGCAAUCGUGCGAGUCUGUGAUGCUCACGUUUUAAGAUGGCCAACGCCAGUUGGGGGUAGAUUAGUGAUUGGGUUGUGCCCUAGGAGCCACUUUGUUAUCGCGGCAUAUGGAGAUCCGAGUGAACCAUGCCUUGUCACGGGGACUGGUUCUCGUCCAAGUAAAACGCACAAAAAAUGGGCGUGGUUGGGUGAAUUUCAUGCUCAGUCUACACUGCUAUCCAUAUGGAUUCUAGAGCUUCUCGAGCUACUGAACGCAAAGUUUUUCUUUGGUAAAGUUAAUCACGUGCGGGAAAAACCGUCAAUAUUGUCAUUUCCACGGAUUCGACGCCGGCAAGCAGCAGCUCAAGUGGCAAAAAAAUUGGGCUUAUCGCUGAGCGACGACCGCGCCCAGGUAGCCAUGACCCUUGGUGCUCUCUUUUUGAAAUGCCACUCUGCGAACGCAAACAAUUGCACAACUUUACAACUUCCCUCUCGUGAAAGAAUGCUGACAUCCAAGCGCGCGUUAACAAUUUAUGAGCUGCAGAUGUAUGGUGAGAGCAAAUUAAGUGAAAAGACUGAAGCGAGAUCUGACGGAAUGAGAAAAAGUGAUGACUCUCAAUCGAUGAGGGUCUCGGCCGAGAGCCUUGAUUGGUGCCUGCUUCUAGCAUGUAUUCGAGGAAAUAUAGAUAGUGGGGACUUGGAAGUUUGUGACCGCACUGGGUCAAUGCCCUUGCGAUUACAUAGCACGGAAACGGGUAUGAAUCUUACCGGCGAACGUGGCAUGUAUGUAAUUCAAAACUUUGACUUGAUGGUCGAGGAUUACAAUCAAAUCAAAGAGAUUGAACACAAAGACAGAGUACCGAUGGUGUUUUGCAUGAGCUGUUCGGUAGCGGAUCUUGAAUUCGUCUCCAUUCAUGAAGAUGAGCCCGUUGCCGAUUCUCGAGGAGAAAAGACCGCACCUGAUGCACAAGAACCGCAGGAACUUGUAUUCUUAGUCACACACGUUGAUGCGCUACCGCUUUCUAGUAUUCGGUCAGCAGGGCUGCUGGCUGAGUACCGAGUUCUGCAUGGCGUGGUGUGUCCAAUCGGUGAGGGACUUGAAGUAGGGUGCUUCAUAAAGUCGAUUUGCAUGGCUGAUAUACUGGUCAAUACAGAGCAUACCACGUGGCAUAUUCAGAAAGGCGGUUGCUAUCGCGUACAAGCACUUGAAGUCAGCAAAGAUCGUAGAAGUCGCAUUUCUUCUCAGUAUGGCUUUGAAGACCUGGCAGUUGAAACAUCGAUGGACUACUGGAGGAGAGCAAGAAUUGCUGAUGACAACAAUUUUCUAUGUUUCGACUCACUUGAAAAAUUUCGCGGUCAAAUCGGCGGCGAACCGAUCAUAAGCGAACGUCCAUUCCAAGUGUAUCGAGUAGAACGCGGCAAGAUGAUUUCGAUAAAAGUGGAAUGUAAGAGCUUUGAGCACAAGCGAUGCAAUUUGCAUAAAAUAUGCCAACAAGUAGAUCAAGAUGGUAAUGGCUUGUUGGUAGUUCCUGUGAAAGAUAACAGAAGGCGUUGGGAGGCGACAAGAAUUCUCGAUGCAAAGCAUCUUGUAAAACACGAGCUAAUGGGAAUAACUGUUUCGGAAUAUAUGGCAAUGAGCAUUCUCGGGCAUUUCCUUCAACAGUCAGAAGAGGUUGCACAAGUCUCGAGUCUGCUUCAACAUUCACUUAGAAGCCGGUCGCAACAGUCCAAUUGUGAUUGGAAAAACGUUGACGAAGAGCCAAGUAUGAACACAGUGCAGCCAAACCUACACAAGCCUCAUCUUGUAUCUAUAGUGGGAAUUAUCACCAAGAAGAAAUACUACUGGCGAUCCGAUACGCAAAAGCAGUCGUUUGGUAGUGCGGUGCAGGCUGAAACAAUUGGUGUGAAACGUCCACGAGAAUGUUACAGCAGCAUUGCGGGAGGCUCUACACGACGAUUAAGAGGCAUCGUGUAUGUUCGCGAUCUCCAGUAUCUGGAUACUGUGGAAAUUCGUGUAGAUGCAUCACGUUUUGGUGUGCUGGGCAUGCUCCAGCGGGGCGAUGUCGUAGAGUUUACAAAACUACAGGGAUUCAUUGCACGUUCGAGCUACAAGGUGUUUUUAAGUUGGGGUCACUUGACAGCAGCUCGGCUAGUUUCCGACAGAGCUUGCUUUCCAGCACGCGAUGCUGAAUUGUUUGGGUCUAUGCCAACGACAUUCCUAAAUGACCUCUAUUACGCAUCAAAUAUUGACCGAAUGCUGCAUCGUUACGCGGUUGGAGUGAUGCACAUAGGCUAUGUGCUGCUUAAGAGAAAAUGUGUACUAUGCCACCAGUCGUUACAGCUCGAUACGCGUCGUGGUUGCUGGAAGCAUGCAGAACUACAAAGCGACUCGAAGUAUCUGCAAGAUUGCACGUGGAAAUGGCAGCAAAUGGCACCAAGUGAUCCUAUGUUUCAAGCUCGAACGUACAUGGGGACAACAGUUCGGUGUAUCAUUGACGAUGGAUCCGGUCAGGCUGAGCUAUUCUUGGAGAACGACGUUGCGUGGGAGUUGCUAAUGUGCACGGACGGUAAACGUCAGCGCUUCGCAGAUAUUCUGAGCAAUCACGUCGAUGAGUUGAGCUACUUUUCGGGACGCACGGCAAAUGGGUUAUUCGCUAUGAGUAAAGCGGAGCAUGAACACGAGUAUUACCAGAAUGAGCUGCGGGCUUUUGUGCUAGAUGCAAUUCCGUCUCUGCGAUCGAUUGUGGUAUUGGCCCAGCAGUUCUACAAUGCCAAGCAAAAAGAGGGCACAUCUGUGCUCACAUUUGGCAAGGACAUUCACAUUACGACAAAGGCAGUACCAUUGCCAAAAUUGGAAGCCAAACGUGUGGAUCAAGUACACGUCCGAAACGAGCUCAAACGACUUCUCACACGUUUUCAGCCCAACUGGUCUCAAGGAGUAGAGGGCGGCACAUGA